AUGGCGACUCUUAAGGUUUCUUCUUCUGUUCCUUCUCCUCUUGAAGACGCUGAUCAAUUGCGAACCGCCUUCGAAGGAUGGGGAACCAACGAGGACUUGAUCAUAUCAAUCUUGGCUCACAGGAGUGCUGAGCAGAGGAAGCUGAUCAGGCAAGCUUACCAUGAAACCCAUGGAGAAGACCUUCUCAAGACUCUUGACAAGGAACUCUCUAACGACUUUGAGAGAUCAAUCCUGCUCUGGACUCUUGAACCCGGCGAGCGUGAUGCCUUGUUGGCUAAUGAAGCCACCAAAAGAUGGACUUCCAGCAACCAAGUGCUUAUGGAAGUAGCCUGCACAAGGAACUCAGCUCAGCUACUUCAUGCUAGGCAAGCUUACCAUGCUCGUUACAAGAAGUCCCUUGAAGAGGACGUUGCUCAUCACACCACUGGUGACUUCAGGAAGCUUUUGGUUCCUCUUGUUAGCGCAUACAGGUACGAAGGGGACGAGGUGAAUAUGACAUUGGCAAAGCAAGAGGCUAAGCUGAUCCAUGAGAAAAUCAAGGACAAGGAAUACAAUAAUGAGGAUGUUAUUAGGAUUUUAUCGACAAGGAGCAAGGCACAGAUCAAUGCUACUUUCAAUCGCUACCAAGAUGAACAUGGCGAGGAAAUCCUCAAGAGCCUUGAGGAAGGCGAUGAUGAUGACAAGUUCCUUGCAUUGUUGAGGUCUACGAUUCAGUGUUUGACAAGACCAGAGCUUUACUUUGUUGAAGUUCUUCGUUCAGCGAUCAACAAAACUGGAACAGACGAAGGAGCUUUAACUAGAGUGGUGACCACAAGAGCUGAGAUUGACUUGAAAGUCAUAGGGGAAGAGUAUCAGCGAAGGAACAGCAUUCCCUUGGAGAAAGCCAUCACCAAAGACACACGUGGUGAUUACGAGAAGAUGCUCGUCGCACUUCUCGGUGAAGACGAUGCUUAA